AUGAGAAAAAGAGUGUGGGUUAAUGCGGGGGACAUCGUCUUAGUCUCUCUUAGAGAGUUUCAGGACAAUAAAGGCGAUGUUAUUGCUAAAUACACCCCAGAUGAGGCGCGUGCGUUGAAGUCUUACGGCGAGCUUCCAGCGAAUGCAAAAAUUAACGAGACAGACGCUUUUGGAGACGAUGAGGGGGGAGGAGGUGGGAUCGAGUUUCAGGAGUCGGGAUCGGGAUCGGGAUCGGGAUCGGAAAGUGAAGACGCCAACGACGCACAAGAUCUUGACGUGGAUGAUGUGGGUGUGUCUCGUUCUAUCAUCUCCAUGUACCUGGCGAGGCAGCAGCAACUGCAGCAGCUGCAGCAGCUGCAGCAGCACACACUGCAGCAGCAGCAACUGCAGCAACAGCAACUGCAGCAGCAGCAGCUGCCGCAGCGCGUUUCAGGCCAGACGCAGCCAUACUAA